AUGAAGGCCAUCUACUUUCCGAAGAUAUUAACAUACUCUACAACACGGAGUACGAGGUUGGGGCAGAUGAAAGCUGGGAACACCAUUAGAUUUCCCCGGGUGUCUCUCACUGCCGCCAAUGCCAAGCAUCGCAGAGUGCAAGAACUCCCCCCUUUCGUCGAUAAUUGGUGUAGGGGGAGAGCGACGUUCGAAGACGCUUUUUCACUGAGGUACUCAGGUCUGCCACCCUCCGUUGGAACCGGAACUUGGGGCUCAGCCAUUGUCCAUCAAAUCCAGGAAAAGGGAAACCAGCCACUAGUAUCCUACCGCCAAGGCGGAGACGACUUCUUCCUCGUUGACUACGGCCAUGGUGCAUUCGACCUCAGCUACCACUACCGCGCCGUAGCGCUCUAUCAAAAGCUCCACGAAGCCUCUGGGGACAUCACCUUUACCCCUAGCCUAUACACGGGGAUGACAUGCGGUAAUUCCCUAUUUCUCACUACGAUGACUUUAAAAUCCCCCGCCAAAAGCUCCUCAACCAUUUUCCCCUACUCAAAGCCGAACCAGGGGAACUCAGCACCGCCAAGAUGCCUAGCCACAAAUUUUGCUUCCGUUGAUCUUCUCAAGCGAGAAGCAAAAAGCUAG